AACCCCCCUCAACUUCCAAGUUCCUCUCUCCUCAAAAUCUCUCUCUCUCACACAACUGCCAAGGUUCCUCCCUCAUCUCUCUCUCUCCCUCUUUACUUGGUGUUUUGUGUGCUUAUUUUGAACACUACCAAAUUCUUUUUUAUUUUAUUUUUCAAACAAAUACAAAAAAGAAUGUGUCAGCUAUCAACUCCCCUCAGCAACAACAAAUGCAAUCCAUCGCACGACCAUUACCAUAAUCCAAUCAACAAUAACGGCCUUUCGGGAAACGACAACGGACUCAAAACUCCACUCAUACAAAACGACAUCAAAACGACGACCACCCAUAACAAAGCUGAGAAAACUACAAUAGAAACGAAGCAAACGACACAAAUUAUUACUUCAACUGCUAACCCACAAAAAUCUCAUUUUUUCCGUCUAGUUGACGAGGCUAGCUUAAUCGCCGGAAUUGCUUUCCCAAUGAUACUCACGGGGCUUCUACUAUAUUCUCGUUCAAUGAUCUCCAUGCUCUUCCUCGGCCAACUUGGCAAGCUCGCUCUAGCCGGUGGCUCACUUGCCGUCGGUUUCGCCAACAUCACCGGUUACUCGAUCCUCUCUGGGCUGGCCAUGGGAAUGGAGCCCAUUUGUGGCCAAGCUUUUGGGGCCAAGAAGAACACUCUGCUCGGACUUUGUUUACAGAGAACAAUUCUUCUUUUACUGUUAACUUCAAUACCCAUUUCUCUUCUCUGGUUAAACAUGAAAAAAAUUCUUAUUCUUUGUGGCCAAGAUGAAGCUAUUGCCAUGGAAGCUCAGUCUUAUCUUCUAUACUCUCUUCCUGACCUUUUAGCUCAAUCUCUAUUACACCCACUCAGGAUUUAUCUCAGAACUCAAUCCAUUACUCUGCCUCUGACCUACUGUGCCACUCUGUCAAUCUUUCUCCACAUACCCAUUAACUAUUUCUUCGUUUCUCACCUUAAUUGGGGAAUUAAAGGAGUUGCUCUCAGUGGGGUUUUGACCAAUUUUAAUCUUGUGGCUUCCUUAAUCCUCUACAUCUUAGUCUCUGGGGCCCACAAGAAAACAUGGGGGGGAAUUUCCACUGAUUGUUUUCAAGAUUGGAAAACACUCUUGAAUUUGGCCAUUCCAAGUUGCAUUUCAGUCUGCCUCGAAUGGUGGUGGUAUGAGAUCAUGAUCUUGCUAUGUGGGCUUUUGCUAAACCCAAGAGCAACCGUGGCUUCCAUGGGCAUUUUGAUCCAAACCACGGCACUAAUCUACAUAUUCCCAUCUUCGCUAAGUUUCAGCAUUUCAACAAGAGUUGGUAAUGAACUCGGUGCUAACCAGCCCAAAAAAGCCAAGUUCUCCGCCAUUGUAGGCCUCUCUUGUAGCUUCGCAUUGGGCCUAGUAGCUCUGGUCUUUGCGGUUAUGGUCCGGAAGGUUUGGGCUACUAUGUUCACACAAGACAAAGAUAUUAUUUCCUUAACAUCGUUGGUUUUGCCAAUUAUCGGGCUUUGUGAGCUCGGAAAUUGUCCUCAAACAACGGGUUGUGGGGUCCUCAGAGGAACAGCCAGGCCCAAAGUGGGAGCCAACAUAAACUUGGGAUGUUUUUACAUGGUUGGAAUGCCACUGGCUCUAGUCUUGUCUUUUUUCGCCGGGUUUGAUUUCAAAGGGCUCUGGCUUGGUCUUCUGGCAGCUCAGGGCUGCUGUGCUCUGACCAUGUUGGUGGUUUUGGGCCAAACGGAUUGGAACUCUGAAGCUCAACGAGCCAAGCUUCUUACUGGAGCUCAAGUUAUUGAUGAUGGUGGUGAUCCUGAUCAUCAUCACGAUCACAAUCACAAUCGCAAUCACAAUCGCAAUGACAGCGAACAAGUUGAUGAAGAGAAGCCAAGUGAGAGAGUUGUAGUCAAGGAAGAUGGUAAAAAUAAUUCACCUGUUUAAUAAUUUUAUGUAACUUUUAUUUAUUUAUUUAUUUACUCACUUAAAGGAUUCUUAAUCUAAUAACACCAAAAAUAUAAACUCAUACCAAAGUUGUCAGUUAUAAAAUCAUACGAAAGUUGUCAGUUA